GUAGUGCGAGGAGCGCGUGAGUCAGAGACACAAGCUUAUAGUCUGUGCACGAGAUCUGAGAAUACACACUGUGCAUACUCUAAGCAAACAUUGUGUCAUCGGAGCAGACGCAAGAAGAGACAAUUCAAAUAAUGACGCCUGUUGGAUUUUUAUGCAGUGACUAAUGAUAUUUAACGAGAUGAAAUUUGGUCAAGAAGCUAGAAAGCGUGCAGUUUUAAGGGUAUAACCCAACGGUUGGAUCUUUCGUACCAUAGCAUCGUUGUAGCUAACUUGGAGUUUCCCUUUCUGUCCAUGUAAGCUGAUGCCAUCAUGUACGGCUAUGAUGCCACUUCGCCCAUCAUCUCUGAAUGCCCUAUGUACGAUUCCUGUGGCCCCCUUGGGACUACAUACCCUCCGACGGACAGUCAAGAAUACUUCGAAGGAAAUGGGUUAAGACCCCACACCCCUGAGGUCCUCACCACGUUAGUUGAUAUGCCUGAUCCGACAUGUUCUUACUUUUUAACUUCAUCCCCCCAGUCCAUCCUUAGUCCGAGCUCUCCUUCCACCAGUUCCUGCAGCGUCCCGUCUCCAGUUUUGAGCCGACCUCCCAGUGUCCAAGCUACCAUGUCGUUGCUUGUUAAAGAAGGGUUGAAGAUGGCCAUUCAUACAAGAAGAAAUGUCCAAGGCAAGAAUCAGGUUGUGUUGGAGUAUCGAGAACCACACCAAGAAAAGCUCACGGAAGAGGAUGAAAUGAGGAGGAGGAGGAGAAGGGAGAGGAACAAGAUAGCAGCCACUAAAUGCAGGAACAAGAAGAAGGAAAGGACGCAUAAACUAGCUAUAGAGUCGGAUCAUCUUGAGGUAAAUAACGUUGCUUUAAGAACGGAAAUCCACAACUUGGAACUGGAAAGACAAGAACUAUUAAAUUUGCUCACAAACCACCUGCCUCGCUGUUGCCUACCUUCGCAGCAGAACUCAUGUGCGCAGCCGCACGCGACUUACCCUUGUCCAAUAGUGUGAGCGUAUACAUCACCCAAAGCUGAAGGAACCUGAUUUGGAAUUUGAGGAGAGAAUUUGUCUUUCUAAUAUUUGUUCAUGUUUUGUGAUACCUGGGGAUGGUAUAAAACAGCCAAAUAUUUAUUGUUUACCUUACUCUGGUGGCGGAAAACUUGAGGAGGGAUUUUGUCUUUUCUAAACCCUCUGACAUAGAGGGAUGAUGUGAGGUGACUAAUUCUAUUAAGGAAUCGGAUAACUUA